AUGAGACACGACUGCUGGCCGCAGGCACCGCAGAGCUCCCCGAGCGGCCCCGCGGCCGUGUCACCGCUGCCUCCAUGGCGGAACCGGCCUGGCCGCCGCGCCGUGACCACUCGCAGCCUCCGCUUUCCCUCUCGUGCUCACACCACCAGAUUCAGGCUCCGAGAAAUCUUAAGCAGCACCACUAGGAGGAGAGUCCAAGGCUCCGCUCCCGCGCGGACCACCCCACAGCCGCCCUCCGCCGCCUCUGCCCCUCACGCUCGAGGCCGCCUCACGGCGCGCACCCCUCACGCAGUGCCGAGCUCCGAUUGGCUGCGCGCCCGCGGGGGCGGGACCGAGAGAGAGCGGCGGCCAAUCCGCGCUGCCAUGAGCGUUUCCCGCGGGGUGGGGGCUGCGCGCAGCCAGCGCCUGGCCCUGCUGGCCGCCCACCUGCAGGACCCGCGGAAAGUGGCCGCGUUCCAGCGGCUCUGCGGGGUGGAGGGGCCCUCAGGCUGGGCCGGCGCGGAGCAGCGGGGGCCGGUGGCGAACGGUGGCCCCGCGGGCGGGCAGGCGCAUCCCGCUGGGAACGGGGCCGUGCCCGGCGCGGCGGGAACCCCGCGGCGCUGGAGAAGGAGGCCGCGCCGAAACUCGCUGACGGAGGAGGAGGACGGCAGCCAGGAGUUCGCCACUCGCAGCCGCUUCCUCUACUAUCUGUUCAGCCUGGGCACGGAGCUGGGCAACGAGCUCUUCUACAUCCUCUUUUUCCCUUUCUGCAUCUGGAAUGUGGACGCCUGGCUGGGCCGGAGGCUUAUCAUCAUCUGGGUGUGGGUGAUGUACCUGGGGCAGUGCACCAAGGAUGUGAUCCGCUGGCCGCGUCCUGCCUCGCCGCCCGUGGUGAAGCUGGAGGUCUUCUACAACUCCGAGUACAGCAUGCCCUCCACCCACGCCAUGUCGGGCACCGCCAUCCCCCUGGCGCUGCUGCUGCUCAGCUACGGCCGCUGGCAGUAUCCCCUUAUGUUUGGACUGAUCUUGGCAUUCUGCUGGUGUUCUUUGGUUUGCUGUAGUCGAAUUUAUAUGGGAAUGCAUUCAAUUUUGGAUGUUAUUGCUGGAUUUCUGUAUGCUAUUCUUAUCCUGGUUGUCUUCCAUCCAGUUGUAGACCUGAUUGAUAACUUCAAUUUAACUUACAAAUAUGCACCCUUAAUUAUCAUCAGUCUCCAUUUGGCCCUGGGCAUCUUCUCUUUCACCCUGGACACGUGGAGCACAUCGCGAGGAGACACGGCUCAGAUCCUGGGCUGCGGUGCCGGCGUGGCCUGCGGCUCUCACGUCAACUACAUCCUGGGUCUGCAGCUGGAUCCUCCUCCCCACACCUUGCCCUUGUCCCUGUCGUCCCUCAGCGUGACUGUGUUUGGAAAAGCCAUCCUGCGCUUGCUGAUCGGAGUCAUCGUUCUGUUGUUAACCAAAGUGGCCAUGAAGAAAGCCACGAUUCCUCUGGCCUGUAAAAUAUUCCGCAUCCCGCACGGCGACGUGCGGAGAGCCCGGCAGCGCAUGGAGGUGGAGCUGCCCUAUCGCUACAUCACCUAUGGCAUGGUUGGCUUCUCCCUCAUGUUCAUUGUUCCUUGUCUCUUCCACUUCAUUGGUCUUUCCUGAUGCAGUUGGAUCACCCUGAGUAGGUGAGAACUGAGCUAGUUGCUUUUUGAAGAGGUGCACUAGUUUGCUAAGGGAAGGCUGGCCAGCUUGGGUCUUCCUAUUAACAGCAAUACAAAGCAGGCAAAGCAUUUAAAGGGCUUUGCACAUCUCUGGGGAUGGUUUAGGGCCAGCAGUCAAGCAUCAGUCCAGGAGAAGUGCUGACCUCUGUAAAUGCUGUUUUUGGACUUAUUGCUGUAACCAAGUCUGUGUGUGUGAUGCAGUGACUGUGUCUGGGAUGACUGCCAGUCUGUACCUGCCUACACUGACCCUUCAGCAGGUGUGUCUGACAGCUUAAUCAGAAGGCUCCAUGCAUGAUCUGUUUGCCAUUUCACAGUAAUAAUUCAAGUUGUUGGACCAUAGACUGUUAAAUUUGCUUUCUUCUAUUCUUUCCUGAAGUCUUGCUUCAAGGUAUUUCAGCUAAUAGGUAUUUCUAACGGACCAAACUUGUAAUGAGGUUGAAUUUUUUUAAAUAAACAAGCAGAAGCCUUUUUCUUUAGCCCCCUUUGCAAAGAAAAAUGUCCAGAUUAGCAUUGGUAGAUAUCACUAGAGUAUAUACAAUUCAGGUACUGUAUUUUAUGGUUUAAUAACUGUGCCUUUCUGUUGCUAAAUUAAGAAAUGCCAUAUAUACUGUGAUGCAAAAAUGCCUAAUUUUUUUGAAAAUCCUAUGUAAUUAGGCAGAUAUUAAAAAAUGUUAAGAUUGUCCAUGUUGCUGACAUGGUCCAAGUUAACCAGAAUGUUCAGUUUUUUCCUGAUCAAAAUUGCAUAAAUGAAAUGACCCAGGAAUUGUGUCCUUGAGCUCAAGGUAUUGUAAAUGAACAGUAGUCCCUUUUGUAAGUAUUUUUAAUGUGUAUUGUAAGUUACUGCAAGAGGAUAUAUUUUUCUGGAGAUUGUUUAUACAGUGGAUGGAUAUUCAAAAUUAACUAUUUAAACAUAUAAACAAUAAAACCACCCCAUUCUGCAAAGAAAUGGGCUUCACUUAUUAUUCCAAAUUAAUCUAGGAGGACCAUUGCUUUUAGGUAUUUGGUUAGAAAAUAUAAUACUUAUUCUAGAAAAAUCUGUAUUUUUAUGCAUUGACAUACUAUAUUUGAAGGUGAUAACUUUCACCUGAUUUAUAUAGUUAUAAGACAAUGUAACAAUUAAAGUAACCUUGUAAUCAUUCUGAUUGACAGAUUGUCAUCAGUCAGGACAGAAAGGUCAAUGCAUGAUCAGUUUGUGAUGUCUAGAUUUGGCAGGAUUUUAUUAUGUGCUUUUGGGCUUUUCAUGAUCCUUUUCCCUUCAAGUGUAAUUUCAUGUGCCUUUUUUUCUGUUUCAUUUUGUCUUGUUCAUGUGUUGCCUGAUCUGUUCUUUCCACGACAGGAAUGGUUACUC